ACCAACCCCCCCCGGGCAUUAAGAGUCUCACCCCCUGAACUGUCAGUCGCGACGGUCCAAACCAAACUUGUCAUAGUCUCGGACAAACUUCACACAGCCCAAAAACGACGCCGUGUGGCGGCUUAGCAUGCUCCCUUGAGCCCAUGGCUCCGCCGCUCAACACCGAUUCUCCCAUCUCUCGCCGCAUCGUCCGCUCGUUCCUGGAUUUCCUCAGCUCCGUUGAACCAGGUCCUGGUGUUAAUGUUGAGGGUAUUGAGAUUGCAAGGGAAUGUCUGGAGGAGGCUUUCAAGCUCAAUACCUCUCCCGCUGAUGAUCCGAUUAAACCCGAGUCGUUAGUUGAAAUGUUUAGCUCACUAGGAAGCAACAAGCUUCCGGAGAAUGUAUCCUGUCAUGGUCAGGGAUCAGUUCCAGCUCCUAGUUCAUCAGCUGGUCAGGAUACCGCGGCUGCCAAUCUUUCAGAGGCAUCAAAAUCUCUGGGUCAGGAUUUGACGAGUAAAAACCAUGAACUAGGGGAGUCAAAAGAUGCUCUGUUUGGGCAAUUCUUUUCUGCACUUGAGAGAACUAGUUCCUUUAUGCCCUUGCCUGAUGGUAGUGAUGAUCCAGUGAGAUUAGAGAAAGCAACUCAAUUUUUCCAUGACGCUUUAAAUGAGAUGGAAAGAUCUGGAUGUGAGGAAUUCAGUCCUAAAUACUUGGCUGAGACGUUGAAAUCACAAGGUAAUAGGGCCAUGCAAUCGAAGCUGUAUACCAAGGCAAUUGAGUUGUAUGACUGUGCUAUUGCACUUUGUGAAAAUAAUGCUGUUUACCGCUGUAACAGGGCGGCUGCUUACACUCAGAUACACAAAUAUGCUGAAGCAGUCAGAGAUUGCCUUCAAUCUAUAGAGAUCGACCCAAACUAUAGCAAGGCAUACAGUCGUCUGGGAUUAGCUUAUUAUGCAGUAGGGAACUACCGUGAGGCUAUUGAUAAGGGAUUUAAGAAAGCCCUGCAACUGGAUCCAAAUAAUGAAGCUAUCAAAGAAAAUAUUCGGGUGGCUGAGCUGAAAUUGAUAGAGCAGCAACAACGAUCAGGAUCUCAUCAGAACACAAGUUCAUUUUCGUUUAGUAGUAGCAACGGUUCGGCUUCAGAACACCACAACCAAUCUACAGGUGGGUCAAGUCAGGGUGCACCACCUCUGUUUGGUUCUAUGCCAUUCAAUGCAGGUUCUGGUCCUGCUGAUUUUGCAAAUAUGUUUAUGAACAUGGCUGCAAAUGCAUACCAAGGACAGCAUUCUCAAGAUAGCCAAGGUGAUGACCAUAGCAGCAAUGUUAAUGGUGUUGAUGAACCGGAAAUAAUGGUUGACGGCAACAUAAAUGUUAAUUUUGGAGAAAUGCCUGCGGAGCUAUCAGGAGCUUUGAGAUCUGUGAUGCAGAUGUUUUCUGGGGCAACAUCACAGGGAAAUUCGCAGGAUACUCCAAAUGAAGGACCAAGACCAAACUAAACUAAUGAGACAUGUCAGAACUCUACUAAACUUUCUCACCACCAUUGUGUAUCGUAGUUAGUGGUUUUGUUUCUUCUCUGAAAAGUCUCUCAGUUGUAUACACAGGCAUCAACAUCAAGAAAUUAGAGUGAACAGCUAACUUUAUAUGUUAGACUUGGUUAUCUUUCUAUCAAAAGUUAAUUUGUUUUGCAAGAAGUUGUAGGAUAUU